GCUGGGACGAGGACGACGACGACUCAAUAUACAUGGUCGGCCAAACAGCCUAAGUUGUGGAAACGACUCUGUAGAGCGGCAGAUGGCCGCAGGGGGCAGGAAGAUCAAACUCGGACAAUUUCUCGGUACUGCACCACCGAUGGGAUACAAAGAAUUUGCGGAGUUACCUGGAUGAGGCUGCACAACUUACACGCGCCGAAAUGGUCCAUUAUUGACGAUUUUUGGCUGGCAAUCGAUGCCAAUACCGAAGAAACCCUUACGCAUAGUAAGUUUCAUGUUUCAAGUCUUUUGGUUCUUCCCUUCUGUGUUCUUUCUCAAGUUGCAACUUUGACAUCGUUGUACUUCGCUGUGAUGUUCCCGAAUUUAUUUCCCUCACGCGGCUGUUCUGUGGUCUUGCGCAUGCCCACUAUUAUAUUCAUAUUUGCCUCAUAGUAUUGUGCAUACGACAAGACCUCCAGCUUUCAUGCCCUGUAUGUCCUUGGAAG